AUGAAAGCUAUCCCACUCAAUGCACUCUUGCUGAGAGAGAUGACAAACUCUCUUGCCAUCUUGUGUCGUGACAUGACUACUGUCAUGAAAGGCGUUGCUGAUAUCAAAGCAAAAACUUUGAACACUUCUGUAUCUGCUGUUUUACAGAGUCAGCCAAUGGCUUUAGUGCAUGCUGUUGCUCCUGUGAGCAUGGAAAUGAAUGUAGCUGGUUCUCCCACCAUGGCUUCUGAUGCAAAAUCAGUCAACAAAACAAAAGCCUAUAGACUUCUUCGGAAGCAUUUGUGGGACCCUAAGUUCAAGUCAAAACAUUUGGUUGAAAUUCAAGCCAACAAUGGUAAGCCAAGGUGGAACACAACUGUCAACUUCAACCAGUCGCCAAACACUGAGUUGACAGAAAACCUCGUUGCCUACUUGGAAAGAAAUUUCAUAGGAGCAGGACUGAGAAAAAGUGAUGUUUGUGACUUUGUCUACACGAACUUCACUAGCAGAAAGUGUGCAGCUAAUAAGUCUCAGGCUAAAAAGAAGUCAGAAAAUGCUCGCAACAGAAGGAGUAGCCGCGAAAAGGAGCACUUGAAACAUUGCAAAACAGUGUACCAGUCUAACAAGACUGCUAUUGAUGACGAGAUGAAAAGAGAUUGCUCUGGUCUCAUUAUAGAAGAGGCUAUGUCUGUUGGUGAGUCAGAUGAUGGCACUUCGCCCCAUGUUUCUUAUAGUAGGCUUCGUCUUUGUCGUCCAGGUUGGAGAAGUGAUGAGUUGAAGUUGAAGAAGUUUUUAAGAGAAAGAAUUGAAGAUUUGAGAUUAGGAACAAAGAUUUGUGAGAACUUGUUUAGGUUUUGUUUAUUGAGAAAGGAUUUUGUAUCAAAGUUUGACCAGGUUCCUACACUGAACUACUACUGCUAUUUAUAUUAUUUUGGAUCGGGAAAAUUAUAUGACUGGGGUCAGUCAAAACUCAUUUACAACAACAACAAAGUGGUAGCUGAUUUAAGCUUAAAUAGCCAUCAAUUGCUGUCACGUGCUUUUGGCAAAACUGUUGAAGGACCAGUCCCUGAUGCAAUUGCGUCACAGUUUCCUCAGUGGGCUUUUAGAAACGGACCCUAA